CGGGGGUCGAGCUGAGGCAGUAUUCAGCCUUUUCUUUCAAGCCUGAACAAAAAUUAAACAAGAGCCGCCAUGGUCGAGUGGACUGAACAGGAGCGCAGCGUCAUCACUGGCAUCUUUGCCAACCUGGACUAUGAAGACAUCGGCCCCAAGGCUCUGUGCAGGUGUCUGAUCGUUUACCCCUGGACUCAGAGGUACUUCAGCUCCUUCGGUAACCUUUACAAUGCUGAGGCCAUCAAGAGCAACCCAAACAUCGCAGCCCACGGCAUAAAGGUGCUGCACGGUCUGGACCGGGCUGUGAAGAACAUGGACAACAUCAAGGCCACCUAUGCCGAGCUCAGCGUCCUGCACUCCGAGAAGCUGCACGUCGACCCCGACAACUUCAGACUGCUGGCUGACUGCCUGACCAUCGUCAUCGCCGCCAAACUGGGAAACGCCUUCAAACCAGAUGUACAGGCCGCCUGGCAGAAGUUCCUGGCCGUGGUGGUGUCCGCUCUGGGAAGGCAGUACCACUAAACCCAGCAGCCUCCGCAUCAGGACACCCGAAGGAGAUCUAACGUCUGUUAACAUGUGUUAUGUGUCUCCUCAAUAAAGAAAUAAAGGCCCACUGAAGCAAAGUC